UCUGGUUUUGGGUCUAUUUCAACUUCAUAUUGAACGUAAGUUGUAACCAAAAAGCUUCAUUGGUCUAUUCUCAAUUUAAUCCAGCAGUUCCAGAUCUUACUCAUUGUUCUAAAGUUCCAUUUUUCUCUCAUUUCGAUUACUGUUUUGAGCCCACAAAAUGGAAGACGAUAAGAACAAGAACGAGAACGAGAACGAGAACGAGACCGAAAACAAAAACCCAGAAGAGAAACAGUCUCAAAAUGAAGAAACUAAAGCUGAAGAAGCGCCAGCGAAGCCUGGAGGGUGGGGAGGUUGGGGUUUUUCUCCGCUUUCAGUUCUGUCAGAUCUUCAAAAGGCUGCUGAAGAGAUCUCUCGCAAUGCAUCCGUGGCUGCGGAGAAGGCUGCAAAGAGCUUCGUGGACGUGCAAAAUGAAGAUUCAGAACCUCUUAAGGAAGAGGAAAAGGCAAAGGACACUGCAUUUGAAAAGGAAAGUGAAGAUGAGAAUGAAAAAAAGCGUAAGUCUGCUUUGGAGAAAUUGGAGAAAGCUAGUGAGGAGUCCUUGCUUGGCCAGUUGCAGGGUUUGAAGGUUCUUGAUAAUUCUGUUGAGAGUUUUGCUUCAGGAGCUUGGCAGGCUUUAGGAAGUGCAUGGAAAGGCAGUACCACUUUUGUCCAGAAGCUUGAGCAUUCUGUGAACCUUGCGGGAUCUGUUCAGCAGGGUGGGGAAACUGGUUCUGCUGCACCAUCCUUGAUAGAGACUGGAAGAGCUUUUACAGCAAAGGGAAUGCAAGUGCUUGAAUACGUUGGCAAGGAGACUAUUGAUCUACUGAUCACAGAGACUGGUAUUGACAUUGAAAAGAAUAAAGAUUCUGAACAGGAAGGUGAUGAGGAUCAGUUAUCUGAGGAAGUGACAUUUGAUCGUUGCUUCUACAUAUAUGGAGGUCCAGAACAAUUGGAGGAACUGGAGGCAUUGUCCAACCAUCAUGCACUCUUAUUUAAUAGAAGAAAAGCAAAAUUAUCAUCAGAUCAGAAAUCUGUGUAUGAUGGAAACCUCAAACUGGUUCAGAAAAUUUUUAGCUUGAGUACUGAAAUGGAUGGAAGUAGUGCUGAGUCAGAUAAAGGAAAAAAAGUAGAAACUGGAACUGAGGGAUGUGGUGAAGAAAUGAAGAAUUUACAUGAUUUAAGUGUCAGCAAGGCUGCUGAUAUGGCUGCAGGGUUCACGAAUGCAUUAGCAGGACUAACUGUUAAUGAUAUAGUUCAAAGGACUGCUGGCAGACUAGAAUCUCUUCACUCAGAGGGUGUUCAUAGACUCUCAGAAAUGUGCUGUGUUGCUGUAACUCAAUUGCUAUUGCUUGGAAAAUCCAUUAUAUCAAAUGCUAGCAAGGUUCAGGAUGAAGAUGCUGAUAUUGAUGCUUUGAAUAUUGACUGGCCUGAGGAUUCUGUUGAAAAAGCUAAGAUAAUCAGAUCAAAGGCACAAUCAAUGACAGUAUAUGUGGAAGCUGUUUCCAAUAGCUUUAUUACAGGCAUAUCUGAUGUUGCUGAAGCUUACCAAUCAGCCAUGAAGAGCGCUACUGCGAAUUCCCCUGAAGUUGCACAAACAUCAGUUCAGGAAAAAGCCAAUGCCUUCUCUGAAAAUCUCCGUGCUGAUUACACGACUGCAGUCGCCAAAAUCCAAGACGGGCUCCAAUACUUGUCUUAUGUAGUCCUUUCAACUUCCAUUCCUGCUGCAUGAUGACUCAAGACACUCAACUCAGUUAUACCUCAAUGUCUUAGUGAUUCAAUUCUAUUUUGUACAGAGUAGCAUUUGUAGUGUGUUGGUCCAUGUUCUUGUUUGGAACCUUAUGUCAUGCAACUGAAACUAAAAGUAGGAGGAAGAAUUUUUAUCUGUAUUCCUUCAAACGUUUACAAAAACAAUAAGAGCAAUGAAACAUAUAGUUUG